CAGAGACAUGACGGGUCACUAAAUGUACUCGUGCAAUGCAAUAAAUUGCUAAAUUACUCAUAUUUCAUACCAUAGUACAUACCAUGAAUCACACAGUAGAGUAUUAGGUUGGUGAAGAGGUUAGUAAUGUGUAACGAGGUAUUUAAUUCUUCGGGCUGGAACCUUUGGAAUUGGAUCACUGUUUUCUACGACACCUUUGACCGUCGGACAAAUUUAAUCACAGGCUCAAUCCAGCUAUCCAGUAGCCAGCUCAAUCACAUGAUUUGGAGAUUAAAGCCCAGUGUAGCUUAUUCUCGGUCAGAAUAUUGAAAUAGUAAUGGACACGUGGCGUCAACUGAAGCCACUGGAGUGGUGUAAAUAUGUCAACAAAGAGGUCAAAGUGACAGCGCACGAGAAACAACAACAUCAUGGUUGGGUUUUUACCGUUGAUCCAGUAUCUGCCAGUAUAGUCCUAGUGACCUUCCAGGAGAAAGGAGGCACGCCGACGGUCCGAGUUGUGACAGGCCAUGCAGUACAGGAAGUAGAGGUCCUCCAGGAGGGCAAUGAAGAAACGGCGGGGCGACUGAGGGUCAUUUUCACACCCCCAGGAGCCCACACCCUUGGCCCGGAAGAAGUGAGGCACAGGAAAGAGAGCCUCCGCCUGUGGCUGGAAAAGAACCGCAUCCCCGUGGAAGAGAAGGGCGAGAUGCUGUGCGUGGCCAACGUGCUGACAGUGAGCGCCCCCUACGGAGCGGAAGACUGUAGCAGCUCCAACGAGAUCAUCCUGGCCCGAGUGCAGAGCCUGGUGGAGAGCAACCCUGAUUCAACUCCAGACCAGCCUGCCAACUCCUGAUGAAGGAUUCACUUUGACAUAUAGGGAUAUUUUCUCAAACACAGAUCAGGCUCAGCCGAGUCCUGGAAUAAAAUACAUUGUCUAUUUUCUUGAUCUCCAUUGAAAUAGCUUUUUAGUUCAGGACUAAGCUUAAUCUGUGUCAGGGAAACCGGCUCAUAGUGGAUGUCAAUAGUCUAAAAUGGUCUCGUCUCCUUCAUCUGCCUCUAUGUGGGGGAAAAAAUGGACUGGGAAUUGGGUCUUGGCCAUGUGUCUUUCACCUAUCCCACAUUUUUAGAUAAGUGAAGGUCGAGGAGAGGAGGAGGGAAAGCCACUCUAGACUGUUGGGAUGAACUGAGAGACACUUAAAAUGCUUUGGAUUGUUGAUGGUUCAAAUGUUACUAUAAUCAUAUUCAACAAUGGACAUUGCUAUCACAAAGCAAACAGUUGGUAACAUUUAGAAAUGUGAAGUUUUGGUUCUAAAGAUACCUUUUUUGUAAUUUUGUAAUGCACUUUUGUAAUUAAACGUGCACUGUUACUUACAAACCAAUAGUUGCAUCUGUCCCGCAACACUUAAAUAUCUAUAAAAAAAGACCAAUAAAAUACCUGUGCCUAUAAAAUCUAUGUUAUGAAUCUUUAAU